AUGCUGGUUAUGCCAGAAGGACCACUCCGCUUUACUGCGGACGAUGUCAACAUUCUGAUUCAUGCAUAUCUUCAGGACUCUGGUUUCGAACACUCAGCUUUCGUAAUUCGGGCAGAAGCCAAGCUCGAACAAUCCCCUUCCUUCCACAAACAUAUACCACGCGGGGAACUCGUCGAGCUUCUAGCGAAAGCACUACUCUUCGUCGAGGUCGAAUCGCAUUGGAAACCCAAUUCACAGGAAAACUGCAAGACGUCCUUUUCGCUGCUCGAACCACACGUGUGCUCUCUGGAACCGAACAUACCUCCAAAUAUGCCGUUUAUACCUGUCCCCCUCGCGCCUCCGAAGAAUAACGGAGUGGUGAACGAUGUCCUCGAUGCGAACGCGAAACGCAAGGCCGACACACCCAAUGGGGACGAUACCCGCGCGGAGAAACGAGCUAAAACUGAAGAGGAUAAGAGGGCUGAAUCGAAAUCUCUUCCACUUGUGCCGCUGGAUGGCAAGAGGACCCCGCAACUACCGAAAUCUAUUCCAAAUAAAAGCGUGCGGUUGCUCAAGGGUCACGUCAAUGAAGUCUUCGUCUGCGCAUGGAAUCCGGCCAAACCAAAUAUAUUAGCAACGGGUUCGAAAGAUGCCGUUGUCAAAAUAUGGGACUUGUCAGUCGAUGGCGAUAGUCCGCCUUCAGUGACACGCGACUUUAGCAGCAGCGUACAAGCAGACCUCACUGCCCUGCAUUGGAGUCCCGACGGCAACCUACUCGCUGUGGGCUCUUAUGAUUCGGUGCUACGAGUGUGUACAGUAACAGGACAGUUAUACUUCUCGCAUGCGCAACAUAAGAAGGGCCCGAUUUUUGCAGCACGAUUUUCUGAGUCUGGCCGGUGGCUGCUCACAGCGAGUCUUGACGGUACGACAUGUGUUUGGGAUGUGAAGAAGAAGGCUGUCCACAUGCUUUACCAAGCUCAUUCCGCAGAUUGCUGUCUCGAUAUCGACUGGAUAGACGAUGAAACGUUCACGAGCUGUGGUGCGGAUAAUCUCGUGCACAUCAUGAAAGUGGGGCAGGCGCAACCCAUUCGGACGCUCUCUGGUCAUCAAAAUGAAAUCAACCAGAUCAAGUGCAAUCCCUCUCGCACGUUGAUUGCGUCGUGCUCCGAUGACACGACUGCACGCAUCUGGACGGUCGCCCCUCCCACUGCUCCCGAGGGAAUACCCGGCCUUCCUCCAGUUGAGCAAGAGGUUUCUCUGAGAGGUCACAAACAUUGUGUUAGUGGAAUCGACUGGUGUCCUCGGCCUCCAUCAGGUUCAAACGAUAUUCUCGCAACUUCCUCCUUCGAUGGGACUGCCCGUUUCUGGGAUGCUGUAACGGGCGACUGUUUGCACACGUUCAACGACCACAAACGGCCAGUGUAUGCACUGGCUUUCAGCCCAGACGGUAGGUGGUUCUCAACAGGAGGCGGGGAUGGAUAUAUGUACAUCUACAACACCGAGACGAAGGAACAGGUAUUCGCAUGGCAUGCCGGAUUCGAGAAGCCAGGUGUGUUCGAGAUUGAUUGGCAGCAAACAACACCGUCCGCAGACGAGCCUAAGAAACUCGAUCGGUUGGCCAUUGCCUUGGAGUGUCGGCAGGUGGGAGUGGUCGAUGUCACUCUCAUACCGGCGAUGCAAUGA